AGGUAAAAGGUUGUGUUUUCUCAAUUGCUGUUCGACAACUGAUGAGUUCUGUUGCUCCACUGUACUCCAGAAUCAUACGCAUUUUCUCCUCUCGAUAUUCCACCAGAUCCAUCCGCCGCGAUUUGCGUCGGCCUCCCGGAUUCUUGAAGAGCGACUGUCGUCGGAUUGUUGCCGUUCAACCGCUGCUCUGGCCCUUUUUCGUCACUUCGAACUCACGGCACAGCAGUAGCGGCCGGGCGGUGCUAGCCUUUGGAUUUUCCACGAUGUCGAGCGGCGGAGAUGGGGAACGUCAGGUGGCGGAGUUUCGCCUGACGCCGUCGAGUGUUCUCAAGAUUCAGAAAGGCGACAUCACUCGGUGGUCCGUCGACGGUUCCUCCGAUGCUAUUGUCAAUCCAGCGAAUGAACGUAUGCUUGGAGGCGGUGGUGCUGAUGGAGCCAUACAUCGAGCUGCUGGUCCAGAAUUACGGGCAGCAUGCUAUGAGGUCCCAGAAGUGAAGCCUGGAGUUCGCUGCCCUACAGGAGAAGCAAGGAUUACCCUAGGCUUUCGGUUGCCAGCUUCUCAUGUUAUUCACACAGUUGGACCAAUUUAUGAUACAGAUAAGAAUCCUGAAGCCUCUUUGACGAAUGCAUACAGAAACAGUUUACGCGUGGCAAAAGAACACAACAUUCAAUAUAUUGCAUUUCCUGCUAUAUCAUGUGGCGUCUACGGAUAUCCAUAUGAGGAAGCUGCCACUGUGGCUAUCUCUACAAUCAAGGAGUCUGGUGGGGACUUGAAGGAAGUGCACUUUGUUCUGUUCUCAGAUGAUAUUUACGAUGUUUGGUUGAAAAAGGCCAAUGAAUUGCUACAGAAGUGAUAUAUAUCUGCCAUCAUCGGAGCUGUUGUGUUGAGCAAAUACUAUCAAUGCAUGAUGCAAAGUAAGAAGUUGCCGGUUUUUCAUGUACCGAAAGUUGAAGAGAAGAACAAUAGCAGCUGGUGAAUAUGUUGAAAUAAGAAAACAGAGAUGUGAUUUAAGUUGCGGUAUUUGAAAUGUGUAAUCUGAAAUAUGUUGAGUGCUCUCAUCCUCUUGCCCUUCCCCUACUAAUACUGGGAUUUCAAUUUUGAUGCCUUACAGCUUCAUAUAAACUGUUGGUAUGGAAGUACAAAAUGAUUUGAAGGUAAAACUAUUCACUUUUUUCCUAA